UAGGUCUGGAGUUUCAUUUUGUACUGAUUUGGACCUGGCCUCAAAGUCCGGAGGCCAAAAGUGAGCUUUUGUCCGGCUGAUUGCCAUCUAAGCUGAAAAAAGAAGAAAAAGAGUUGUUUUGAAAGGAGAAUCAAGUAAAUUUCCGUAAAUAUGGUUUAGGUUGUUGAAGGAAGGAAUACCAAAUUUAAUACGCGCAGGAUUAGAUUAGAAGCGAAGUAGGGAAGUUUGUCGGUUGGGGAUAUCCUGUGAAGAACAAAAGGAGGGAAAUGAGGCGAAAAAUGGAGUGGGCAGGAAAAGGAAAGCACUUGGGAGGAAUUCCAAGGAAGAUGCUGUUUAUGGCAGUAGGGGCAUUCGCUAAGGCAGUAUCAAAUCUUCUCAACACUAGUUCUGUUCAUAAUGCGGAUACACUUAUUCAUCUAGUUCGAUCCCGACCCUCUGGGGUACCCCUCAUCACUGUUAGCAAUCACAUGUCCACGUUGGAUGAUCCAGUCAUGUGGGGAUUUAAUGGUUUUCCCACCUGUGAUUCAAAUUUAGCUCGAUGGGUACUUGCCGCUGAAGACAUUUGUUUCAAAAAUCCCGUUUUUUCUUAUUUUUUCCGCCUAGGGAAAUGUAUACCUAUUACUAGGGGCGCUGGAAUUUAUCAAGAGCACAUGAAUGAAGCUCUUGAACACUUGAGCAAUGGAGCUUGGCUUCAUACUUUUCCUGAAGGAAAAGUAUGCCAAGAGGAUGCACCAAUAAGAAGAUUAAAAUGGGGAACUGCUAGUCUCAUUGUUCGUGCCCCGGUAACUCCAAUAGUCUUGCCCAUUGUUCAUAGAGGUUUCGAGGAGGUGAUGCCUGAGAAUUAUUGGUUUGGAAGAAGGCCUCUUUUUCCAUUAUGUAACAAGAUGAUUAACAUAGUUGUUGGUGAGCCAAUAGAAUUUGACCUUCCUAGAAUGAGGCAAAUGGCAAUAUCUCUCUCGCAUAACUUCCCUGUUCCUGCCAAAGGAUGGCCUGGCAUUCCCCAUCAUGGACUAGAUGAAGCAGCACAAAGAUGUCUUUACAUGGCUAUUUCGGAAAAAAUUCAAAGAGUCAUGGAAAGCUUGAGAUGCUCGGACAAAAGUUCUGUGAAGCGAUGAAGGGUCUAACUCUGUGGAGCAUUUGGCCAUUGAGUUCUUGUGAGAUGUUCCAUCCAUCUGACAAGUUGCCAGCGAAACAAGUUCUUCCAUUAUUUAGUCUAGUCUCAAGGAAAACCACUUUAGUUUGGAUAAUUGUUCUCCCCAAUUUCUUGGCUGAAUAAAUCAUGCUCAUGCUAUUGGCCUGUAAAAAUGGCUGUGCUACUGCUACUCUGGCAUUGCCGCAUUCGUAAUAUUAAUGCUUCCUUCAUUCA